CUGUUGACAAAUGACAAAUAUAAUUUGUGACAUUUGUUUGAUAAUAAUAUAAUAACAUGUCGAUAUUUUCAUUUUUACGUGACACAUAAAAGUUGGCAAAUUAAUUUUUCAUGUUAAUUUAUCUAAAAUAGCUUGUCUUUAAAUAGUUUGGUAGAACCAAACGUUUUCAGAAAUGGCAGAACAUUCCUUAGAUUGUAGUGUUGAAGGCAAUAUUGAAGAAGAUGAUGAAGAUUUUAUAAGGCCAGAAGUUAUUUAUGAGCAAGACCUAAAUGACCAAUCUGAAUCUAAUCAUUCUAAUGGUUUAUCACAAUUGGGGUCACUUGUAGAAUAUGUGUAUGAUGAAAACCAAGUACAAACCAAUGAUGAUGAUGAUGAAGAUGUGUACAUUAAAGAAGAGUAUCUGGAUGUUGAUAUUGCAGAUACCCAUUUUGAUAUACAAUAUCAACAUGAAGAUGAACUUACAGAUGGCCAAGAUAUUAUUCAACCAAUGAUGCCUUUUUUUCUUAGUUCCUCUCCAGUUUUUACUAUAAUGAAUGAAAAUGAUGAAGUUGGGGAAACAAUAAUUCUUCAAAUUGAAAAUGAAACUGAAGAACCGGUCGUUUCACCAAAACCAAUUAAACCACCUAGCAUACCUAUUCCAGAUGAAGUCCGAGAAUCUACAUUACAAAUGGUUCUUUGUUUAAGUAAAACCAAUUCAGUUGUUGAUACUUACACCUGUGAAAUUUGUAAUCAUUGUUAUGGGUGUUUAAACUGUCUAAAAUCUCAUUAUGAGACUAUGCAUUUAGGUAAUACCGUAAUUUCUCAAUAUAAAUGUAAAUUUUCAACAAAUGUCAGCAAAGGACUGCAUUGUCCUGUGUGCAAAUUAAUUUUUGAUACAAGGAGUAAUACUAUGGACCAUUACAUUACUCAUGCUGUGGCAUGCGACAUUUGUGGUUCUGGAUUUGACAGACAAAAGUACUUGACUGAGCAUCUUAGAACAGCACAUAGCAAAGGGAGUUUUGAUGUCUGGUAUGACUGUGAACUUUGCAAGCUAACUUAUCAGUAUGGGAGCAGUUUAAGCAAACAUUAUCAGAAAUUCCACAAACUCAUCUUGUGUGUUGAAUGCAACAUGAAAUUUGAAAAUGUCACCGACCUUGAAGAGCAUGAAAUAAGUCACAGACAAAAAGCAGCCGUUUUACCAUUUGCCUGUAGCAAGUGUGACAAAGCUUUUGCCCAAAUAUCUGAAAUUGCAGUUCAUAUUAGACAAGACCACAAUCAUAAAAGAAAAAUGGAAGAGUUUGAAACACUUUAUGUAAUCAGUAAUAAAAAUAGAAAACCCUUCAAGAGUGUUAGGAAAAAAUUAAAAUAAUGCUACAGUUGAAUAUAGUAACUUUUAUUUAUUAACUAAUGAGAUGGUAUCGUUUUUGAUACACAUUGUUUCGUUUUGUUCAUUAUGAGUUAAUAGGGUCAUUUCUGAAGAUGUCAUAAAAGCAUUUUCUCUACAGAGAAAACCAAUAUUUUAAAUUAGUUAUUGAAUUGCACGGCUGUUCUGAAAAAAUUUAGUUGGCAUGAUAUGGGCAAAUUUUUUUAAGUAGAACGUCUAGAAUGAAUUUUAUAUUUUCAAUUACAUUAGGUACAUCCGCAUGCUCUGAAAAGUGACGUAUGAAACUGCAUGCAGUUUAAAAAAUAAAAAUUGAGUAUAUUCUUUUGAGAAUGUUACAAGAGAUGAAAGUAAAUGUAAAAAGUAACUUAUUGUAACUAAUGAAUGAAUGAAGAACUAUUAUUGCUACAAUUAAUUUUUUUUUAAAAGAACCCCAGAGCAGUUCAAUAAAUAAUAUUAAUUUAUUUUUGAAUUAUAUUUAAUUACUUUCACUUUAUUUAUUUAUAUUUAUUUAUAGUUCAAUUUUUGUCUACUUUAAAUCAUCUGAAUUAAUUUUGUUUAAUCAAAACACUGUAUACAAAUUGGUUGUAAAGUGGAUGGAAUUUUGCACAAUUAAAUGCGAUUAUUAUCUAAGUGAACACAAUUUCAAAAUUUUUAAGGUAAAUAUUUCUAAAAUAUUUUUUAUUAAAGAAAAAUUCUAAGUCAUAAAAUGUGUUUGCAUAAUUUAAUUCUUGCUUUAAAUCUAGUAAGUUGUAUUUAAUAUUUGUACAAAUUAGGGAGUUUGUUAUAUAAGGUUGAGAUGUAUAAUUUGUUGUAAAAAAUAUUUAUAUAAUAUAGAAAUUUUAUAAAUAAAAAAAAUAAAUAUUAAUAUUGUUUUUAUCCUAGAUUAAUCAUUUUUAUUGUCAAAAAAUACUAAAAGUCAGAGAUAUGUAGUGGGUAGAUAUUACAUUAGAGAGAGUAUAGCAGGAGUAGAAGUUGGAAAAGUUUUUGGUAGGUGGAGAGGGGGUAAACGUCGAACCACGUCGGACACUUUGAGAAUUUCAUGGUGAUGUUUAUCUGCCACUGUCGUUUCAUAUAAUAAGUAAUUAUAAAUUGUUACCGGCGAAACCGGACAAACGCAUGUAUUUAUGGAUUGGAAUAUUAAACGAGUAUUAUAAUAUCCCAAAUCAUAAUUCUACCAAAU